AUGUCAAUUGAAACAGUUCCAACCGAUUUGCGCAACCUCCGUGCUUGCUUAGUCUGUUCACUUGUAAAAACUCUUCAUCAAUUCGAAAUGGAUGGGUGUGAUAAUUGUGAUAGAUUUUUGGGAAUAAAAGGAGAUAUUGAGAAAUGUAAAAUUAACAAAAAGUGUCCGGGAGUGUAUGCAAUUUCUGUAUCUGGUACCCUCCCAAAGAUAGUCGUUCAAGAAUUGAAGCAGCUUGGAAUUAAAUACAAAACUGGGCAACGAGAUAAGUCGAUUAAAUAAA